AUGGCUAUACCAUUCGUUGCAGUUGCAGGCGCCUCUGGUAAGCUGGGCAAGCUUGUUACAAAUGCGCUGAUAAAACGAGGCGUGACCGUGAAGGCCCUCGUGCGUCCCAACACUGACGCAUCGCGUACGAACGACCUUCUCGAUGCUGGGGCGACCAUCGUUCCAGUCGACCUGUCCAAUGUGCCGGCUCUCACCCGUGAACUUACCGGGGCAAUUUGCGUGGUGUCAACAAUUCAGGGAUUGAAAGAUGUCAUCCAUGUCGCCCAGGGCACGCUCCUUGACGCCUCAGUCGCCGCCAAGGUGCCACGGUUUAUUCCUUCUGACUUCUCCCUUGACUUCACGAAGACGAAACCGGGAUCUAACCGCAACCUGGAUCUGCGCCGUGAAUUCCACGCGAAGCUGAACAAGUCGGGCAUUAGCUGGACCAGUAUCCUUAACGGCGGCUUUAUGGAUUUGAUGGCUGGUGACUCGCCAAUGAUCAACCACAAGAGCCGGACGGUUCCAUACGUCGGGAAGCCAUCUCAACUGCUUGAUUUCACCACUAUGGUGGACACCGCCGCAUACACUGCUGCUGUGGCUGUGGAUCCGAACCCUGCUCCCAACUUUCUUCGCAUUGCCAGUGUUACUGUCUCUGUGCAAGAUAUUGCCGAUGCACAGACAACCGUGGAGGGCGUAAGGUACAAGCCCUCUUGGAUGGGCACGGUGGGGACCAUGGAAUUCAUGAUCUGGACAAUGCGCCUUUUCGGGGGCGAAACAGACAUUUUCCCUGCUUGGCAAGGCAUGCAAUACAUGGUGAACAUGAUGUCUGGAGCUGGCAAACUGGAGCCACUAGAUAAUAGCCGAUAUCCCGACCUGACGUGGACCAAUUUGGAGGAUUUCUUCCGUGAGAAUAGGAAUGAGAAGUGA